UGACCUCAAAGGUACACUUCCGGGACAGGAAGUGACUCGUCGCCCCGCCCUCUCGCACCCUCUCUUUCCGGUAACUGAGUCUGGAGACACCCUGCAGAAAUGGCACCUCGCAAGGGGAAGGAAAAGAAGGAAGAACAGGUGAUCAGCCUCGGGCCUCAGGUGGCUGAAGGGGAGAAUGUAUUUGGUGUCUGUCACAUCUUUGCAUCCUUCAAUGAUACUUUCGUCCAUGUAACUGAUCUUUCUGGCAAGGAAACCAUCUGCCGUGUAACUGGUGGGAUGAAGGUGAAGGCUGAUCGAGAUGAAUCCUCCCCGUAUGCUGCCAUGUUGGCUGCCCAGGAUGUGGCCCAGAGGUGCAAGGAGUUGGGCAUCACUGCCCUGCAUAUCAAACUCCGGGCCACAGGAGGAAACAGGACUAAGACCCCUGGGCCCGGUGCCCAGUCAGCCCUCAGAGCCCUUGCUCGCUCGGGGAUGAAGAUCGGGAGGAUUGAGGAUGUCACUCCCAUCCCUUCCGACAGCACCCGCAGGAAGGGAGGGCGCCGUGGUCGCCGGCUGUGAGCAAGACUCAAGUUGUUUCUGUUAAUAAAUGACCUGCGUGUAGGCUACUUCGGCA